UGCUUACAGGCAUAAAAGCUCAUAUGGAAUCCAUUGGUUGUGGAUUUCUGCAGUUUGCAAUAUGCUGUUUGCCUUGUGGCCUUAGAGGGAAUUUUAAAAGGCACUUCGUAAAAUCUUAUUGCCUUUCGAGUAGGAUUAAAUACUGCUUAUAAGUGGCUACAGUAAGGUCUGAAUGGUAAUUACAGAAAGGACAACACACAUGAGUUUUAAUGGAGGCUUUCUCUUUCAGGUCUCAGUGAGACCGAAAUUAGGGAUAUGUCAGGUGAAAAACAACUCAAAUCAGCAUGGCAAUGUAUUGAGUAUUCUCAAUAUUGAGAAUAUUGAGAAAGAACUGCUGAAGUGAAAAAACAACAGAGCAAUCCAGAGCCAAAGUUCCAGAUGUUCAUGGAACAAACCAGAGCUGAUAAGUUUGACAAUUCCAAACCCUUUGUAAAACUUCUGUGCGAUAUCUUUGGUUGGGUGUUCCUGGGAUGCAAGGAGAGCUCCCGCAGAACACUAUUCUACAUUUUGAUGUUACAGUUGGUUGCAGUGAGAGAUGCCCUAAAGAAGGUAGCAGUUCUUUGUCUGCUCGCUCUGUAAGUUGCCAACUUCUACUUGGCUUGAAAAAAACAAAAACGGUGCAUUUGGUGAGAUUUCAAAGGCAGAAACACCAGUUCCCAAGGAUAAUUGCAACACUGCACGAUGACCUGCUGUCCAUUUGGCAGUCCCCACCUUGUGGUGGUUACUGAAGGAGUUUAUAUGGCUGCUUGCAGCCAGGGAUGUCCAAGGCUCACAUACUUUGGAAAUAAUGCCACUUGAAUGGAGACCUUCUGCUACUUGAGUGUGUUUGAAAAAGAUGGUGGGCAUUUAUUUCCUGCAGUCUUUCAUAUGUUGGCUGUUUGGGCUUUUUUUUCUUCUCUUUUUUUUUUUAAAGAUGACCUAGCUGCGUGUCUUUUUCACCCCAUCAUUUUCAUUUUUUAGAAGAGGAUUGGCAAAGAAUGCUUGGAAUGACAGCAAUUGGCAUUUGCAUUUAAAAUUUGAGGGAAUGAAAGCACAGUUCCCUUGAAUGGCACUUACUGCUGUUAUCCACAACUUAAGGAUCUGUUCUGCAUGAGAUCUAUAUGUGUAACCAUCUGACUUAGUGGCUAGACUGCAAAUUAGGUCUCCCAUGUAUGUUGUAAUUCUUCCAAAUUGGGGGACAGUGUCAAUUCUCUGCAUGUUUAAACACGGUUCUGUCCUGUAGUGUGGAUAAGGAGAAACUGCCCUAUGUAGCCUUCAGCCUUUGCAGGGCUGCAACACAAUCUGUGGAUGAACCUGAAAUUGACACACAGUUAAACAGUACCUUAAGUCCAGGCAGCACCAUUGCUAGCAGCCAUGGAGAAAAUGGGCAUGGAGGAGAUGUGAAUUUGAUUUCUGAUCAAUGAAGAGAGGGUAAUCAUUGUAAUCCAGAUGGAACCAGGUUGCUCUGACUUGUGUUUGUUUUAAAGUCUUUCUCUUCCAGCAGUUUUGUUGCAGAUUAAGUCUUUCCCUUCAGUCAUUCCUGCUCUCGGUCGUGAUUGCCUGCUGACAGCAGGAUGGAUAUAGUGCCAUAUUACUUCCAGGAUUAAGGCUGGUGGACCAGGGACAAAGAGACUUAGUAGGAAAGUACCCAAAGCCUGUGGCAAACGAGGGAAGAUGGGUCAAGAAAUAUGCAUGCUCCUUUGUUUAUGUUUCUUCUUGUUUUUCUUCAGAGCAAAGAAUCUUUCAGAAGGAUGUGAAUGUUGAUCUGUAUUCGGGUGCGAGAAGUUGAGCAGAUAUUUCUCAUCACUGGCUUGAGGCUGCUGCACUCAGUGUAACUCCCAGGCAGACAGAACAGGGCUGGCUGUGCACCUCAUCGCAGUCAGCUGGGCAGAGAGAGCCCAGACUGCUACAGACUGACCUCUCCUGGCCUUCUCAGCUGUUCCAGGAUACCACCAGUCAGUUCUCCAGAUCCUGCUCCCAGCUGCAAAAUAAUCUCUACUCUAAGCUGCAGCAGCACAGCUCGAAGCACGUGGCUCACAGGACUCCUCAUCUUGCUGUGUCCACACUUCCUGCUGCAGAACUCCCUCAGGGACACUGUCACCUUGAGGCUUGUAGCUUAGAAGGGAGAAGGAAUGAGAAUUUUGGCCUUCCCCAGCAGCACAGUCAGAAAGCAAAGGCAGCUGGUAGCUGCUCUGUGCCUACUGCUCAUCAUCACUGUUUAGAAGGAAGGAACAAGAACAGUGACUAUCCAGGGGAAAAGCAGCAGCCACCUGCUGUGUCUUGUAUGGAUACUGGGAACCCUUCGCUGGUCAAUACACCUUUGCCAUUUCAUGCUGUAGAUUGCCCUCUUAGGCACAAAUUAGUGUUGCGUAUUUCCUCAAGGAGCUCAAGGGAAAGCAUCAACACUUGUAGUUCAGCCCUGACUUCAGGUGAUCUCAGUCCAUCUAAUUUGGAGUCCCUUCAGCCUAUUUUGCAGUCCUCACAAAUUUCUGCUGCUUUGUACUGUUCAAUCUGGAGGCUGAAGCAAGAAAUUGCUUUCAUGGGGAGCCGGGCCUCCCUUCCUCUGGAGCCCAAGUCUUUUCCAGUCAGUGGCAGUUUGUGCUUUGCUCCUGAUGAUCCAGCUCCUACUAUCCUGAGCACAGGAGAACAGCUAGCUGGAGCAAAAACUAGUGCUGCUCAGGCAAGAUUGAGAUGGAGCAUUCCAUUUGCUAAAGGCACGAGCCUUGGUGCAGUGACGAGGGACUUUGGGCACGCUGAACCUCUCUCUGUCUCUCACAGAUGCAGAUACAUUGACUCGAGCAUGUGGAGAACCAAACUUUCAGGUGGCAUCCAUCCAGAUAGGCUGUCUGCUGGGAUGGGCUCUGGCAGGCUUGUGGAUACAGAAGAUUCUUCCAACGAUUGCUCGCCUUAUUUCAGAUGCCAGUCCCAGCCAAAGCCAACUGUGGAAACUGGUGGGUUUUAUGUUCAUACAAGAAAUCAUUCAUGUGAAAGGGUUCUUAAAGCAGAAGGGACAUCUGGUGAGGCAACCCUAUGUGCUAUGCCCUGGACAAAAAACCACCCUGAGGGUCAGCACUUGUCACUGGAAACAUGGUUGGCUGGGACUCAGAUGAACGUUGGCAUAUCCAUGUAUGGGACUCCAAGAGAAGUGUGUGUAAGAGUCACUUCUGGAGAUCAAGAGUUUAGGCCAGUACAGCAGCUUAGCAUUAAAUGUGUAGAAGUCAAGAACCCCAAACCUCCUGUUGAGUCCAGCAAAGGCUUAGAAGAGGUAUGUGACUGUAGAUCUCCAGCAGCCAGCAGGAUGGCAGUGGGGGACAGCCAGUCCAGCUUCUUCAGCACUCAGGUUGGAAAAGACAUUGGUGACUGUUCCAACAUAGAACGUGUGAAUGCAAACAGAGAAGAAAGGAGAAACAGACACUUCCAGCAAAGCAGCUGGAGAAACUGGGAAGCUCCUGACCACCGUGAAGAACCUUGUGUAGAGAAGAGUGCCAAAGAACCACAGUGCUGUGAAGAAGGGAGCCAGACACAGGAAGCUGUGCCCAGUGAGGUGUCAGAGAACAGCUGCUGGUCUCCAAAGGUGAAUGAGCAAAGUUUCCAGCACUUACUUGACAGACAAAUGGUAACUAGGUGUUUCCAUGCCUGGAGGGACCACGUCAGCUGGAAGAAGGCUGCAGCAAGGCAGCAGCAGCCUCAAAAGGCCCUCAGUGCUUUUGGCUUGGUAGCCCAGCAAAGAUGUGCCUCAGCUCUUUUAGCUGCCAGCUUCCGCAAGUGGAAGGAAGCUGUGACAAAACAGAGCCAAAAACAAGCUGCACAGUCUGAGUCAUAUUCAUGUACCCAAAGUUCAUCGGUGGGUUUUUCUGGAAUAGGAAGAUUAGCAACUAUGACAACCUCAGCUCAGCACCAGCUUACAGAAGGAUACAUGAAGGAAGCUGAGCAGGCUUGUAGGGUGGAGAGCAAACUGUGGACACAGCUUCAUCGCAGGCAGAGAGGAGAUGAGUUCUGCUGGAGAGCUCAAGCAAUAAGAGAUGUGAGGCGCCUAGCUGCAGCUUUCAGACUGUGGCGCCUUCAGAAGGAGCUGCUGAGCAAUGAGGAAGGCAGGCUGCUGGAAGCACGUGCCCUGAUGGAAAAGAAGCGGCUACAAAACAUUUUCCAGGUGUGGCAGUCCCGAUACUUGGAAAAGAAAAAGAUGUUAGGGCUGACAAUUCGGAUCCAAAGGAAAUUGGUCUCCCGGUGCUUCAGUGCAUGGAAAGAGGCUGUUGAGCUAAAGGCUUAUUACAAGAGCAGCCUGACACAUCUCAGAGUAGAAUCAAUGAGGAAAUACUUCCAGCAGUGGUUUCAGAUGCUGCGGGUCAGAGAAAGCAAUAAGCAGGCAGUGGUGAACCUCCUCCUUCUGAGAUGGAGGCAGCAUUAUGGACCAGCUGUAAGCUCAGUAUCUCACAGAACUACAACAGAAGGUGAUGACAGCUGGCCAUGGUGGGCUGUAGUGCCACAGUUUCCUGAGAAAACAGGUUACUCUCUUGAUGACUUCUGCCUAAAGAUGAAACUCCAGAGAGUGUAUCUGUUGUGGAAGGAGAGGCUGUACGAGCACUGCAGAGCUGAUUCUUUCUUUCAGGCUUUGGAGGAGUGUAGACUCAGAAAAGCUCUGAAAUUGUGGCACCAGAAGUAUCUCAUGCUGAAGACAAACAAACAAAGUCCUCAGCACUCUCACAGGGCUGUCUAUGAAGAACCUCUUGCUGUGCUGUUUUGUGAGGAACGCUCAACAUCUUCUGGCUUCCACAGCAGUGCUGCAACUACUCUUGCCUCUCAAAGCUCACUGGAAAAGGAAUACAGUUUUAGUGACAGCAGCCAGCAGAGCUGCUCCUCCGUUCUGACUGCUGAGGAUGUGCCAUACCUUCCCUAUUACAAUUCUUUCCUGCAACUACACCAAUGUGCAGAGCUGCCAGCUGAGCUGGGUGGGGAGCUGUGCUUGCAGGCUUCCUUUCCUCCAUGGAGGACUAGAUCUGGAGAAAAUUGGUUUGUGGGAGGUCAGUUCCAGUCUUUGGCACUGCAGAGUGCAGACAGUGAUGUCCAGCCUCUUGUCAGUUACUCUACAUGGGAAGAGGACUGCAGCUCUGAGAAGGAGGUGGAGAGUUCCUGGCACCAUGUGGAGAAAUGCUGCCUGGAGAAGUACUUCAUCAUCUGGUCCACUCGAACUCAGCAACUCACAAAGGCCCAGCAGUACUGCAGGCUUCUGCAGCUGUCUCGAGCCUUUCUCAGAUGGCACCACUGGGCUGCAGAGAACAAGAACCAAAAAGUAGCAGCAGCCCUUAAAUACCAGCUUAAUUGCUGCCGGAUGGUUUUCAGCUUGUGGAAGAAGAGACUGGCCCAGAAAGUGGAAGCUGACCAGAGAUUCAGGAGUCACCUCCACCAGAUGAGUGCUGAUGCUCUUCGGCGUUGGCAUUCCUACUGUCAAAGGAAGUGUAAUAUGAAGGAGCUGCAGCAGAGGUGGGCUCAGCAUAGCUGCCAGGAGAAGAAGAGAUUGAUCCUGCAGACGUGGCGCUGCCAAACAAGGCAGCUGAAAAAUGCUGCUUUAUUCUGGGAGCGUCUCCUCCUGCACAGAUGCAUAGUCAUCUGGGCCCAGGUCACUGCCUGCAGACUGAGGCAGCAAGAAGCCCUCUGUUAUUUUAGAAAGGUCAGAGAGCAGCAUCUUCUAGAAGUGAGUUUUGCAGAAUGGAGAGUGAAGUUCAUGACAGCUAAACAGCAGCUGCUGGGAGAGGAGAAAAGCCACACGUGGCAUGGAUGUUCUCAAGCUAAAGCCUGUCAGCGCUGGCGACUGGCCUCAAGGGGACAGCAAGCCCUGCACUUGGGGUCUGUAGCCACUGUGAAACAGGCCUGCAACUAUUGGACAAAAGCAGCUGCCUUUUCCCAGUGCUCACGGCAAUGCAGUACCCUGAUAGGUGCUAGAAAGAGCAAGAAGAUGUCCUUGUCUUUGUCCAUAAAAAGCAGAGGAUGCAGAGAGAAAGGCUCAGCUCCAGCUGCUUCCCUUGGGUUUUUUCCCAGUGCUGUUCACCGCUGGCUGGUGAUCUACAGAAGCCAAAGGAGGACUGAAAGGCUGCUGCUCCCUCAACAGCUAGAGAGACAUGAUUUGGUAGGACCUGUCCCUGGGAACAAAGCAGAGGUGGACUCCGAUGAAUGGAAUGACAAUUGGCUUGGGAGGAAGUACCUGAGGUGGUGGCAUCACACGGUGACGCUGCGCCGGUGCCAGCGUGCCAGGAGGCUGCGCAGUCUGGCAAGGGGUUGGCAGCAGUGGAAAGAAGCCAGCAGGGUGGUGAUGCUGGCACAGGUGUUGGACCGGCAGCGGCUGAUAGAAAAGGCCUGGAGAGCAUGGAGACGUCGGUAUUUACAAAGCUGUGUAGUGCAGAGGUUUCUGGAGGUUGAAGCCAGAAGCCUACUGUCUGAGGCAUUUGGAAGAUGGCGUCAGCUCACAGUGUUCCAACUCAAGGACAGAGGACACUGCUGAGUGUGGGGCCUGCCUGCAGCUGCUCAUUUCAGGAGUGGAGGAUACAGCUGGCAGUCACAACAAAGAGCUGGUCUCCUGCAAUCUAGAAAGCAGUGCAUGAUCUACCUGUGUGAUUAAAAACAGUGCUGCAAGCCCAAAGCAUGGUGAUAGCCAGAGGACAACCAGGAAGAGGUGGUAUCCAGAGAAAGGUUUUAUUUAAGGACUGAUAUUCUGCCUCCCUACUGCACAAACUUGAGAACUUGCUUAAUGGCUUUUGUUGUGAGGUUGCAUUCCCUUUUCUGCUAGAGCCUGAUUUUG